AUGCAGGUCAUUGACUAUUACCAAGGCUGGCUGCUCUACUCCUUGAUACAAGAGUUCCUGGGAGGCUUCCUGUCUACACGGACUUUGCACGAGGACCUUGCAACAUUACGCGCGAGUGGUCCGCUGGCAUCCAUCCGACCUGACGACACAUAUGAAAAGCACCUCAAAGAAUGCUUGGAUCGGGCAUUCGAGGCCUUUGAUGAAAUCGAGUUCAGGUUUCCAGGCUUCUCAGCGGCAUUCGCCGAGGAAUUUUUGUGCCUUGCCAGCUUAGCUGAGACAUUAGACUCUGCGGUCCAGACUGCCCUUAUCCACGGACCAGUCGCCGAAAUGGACCAACGUGUACAGCACUUCCCGGAGUCCGCCAAGCGCUCCUGGUUCUCCAAGUUCGCCUCCUUGCUUGAUCUGUCUUCGGGAGACAAUAAGCUCGCGGUGAUCAAAGCUGGCUGGUGCCCUGGAGACAUCACUAAGAUCGGCGACAGCUUCAACACCAUCGCCACCUUCUACUACUUCAGCAAGUUCAAGGCGGACCCAACCGUAGCGGACUUGCACGAAAGAUGCCCCGAGUAUGGCUGCGGCCUCAGAAUACCAGCAGAGCCUAAGCACAUGAGCGAAGGUUGCGACUGCCCGGGAAUGGUUUCAUUCGACGAGGAGGAUCUCAUAGAAAUCUACCAAAAGGGCGAUGUUCCUUGUUUUUGCAUUGGAAGGCUUGAAGAAGGCAGUCUGGGUAUUGCUUUGAGUUCCUGCAGCAUCGACGAGGAGUCACAGAAAGACUCCGAUAAUCACUAUGUCGCUCUCUCGCACAUAGGCGACAUUGUACGGGAUCCCUCCAAAGGGGUGAUGGACGUUGCAGCGCAGGUUUAUCUGUCUCCAUACAUGCGCAGAAUGUGGACACUACAAGAGGCAGUCCUAGCAGGAGCUUCCAGAGCUCGAGGUAUUGGCGACCGGCUUUGUCUGUCAUUCGCUGAUGGCAUUCUCUCGCUUGAGUCAAUCAUCAACCUUCUGAAGCAAGCACCGCGACAAGAAGCCGUGUUGGCAUACCGCUUCAUGGCGGAGUUUCGCGACCUUAGCACUCACAUGUGGCAGCUGGGGGACGAUGAUGACGACAAACUGGUGAAGCACAGUCUCAAAGGAUUCGACUUCUUCUUGAAUAUGCUCACCGUUGCCUUGAAGUACCGCAACGUCACAGUUGCGUCCGACGAGGUGAUUUGCCCAGCUACGCUGCUCAACCUGCGUAUCAACAGCACAAAAGGAGUAGUACCUCUUAUUGGUCACGGAGAGACUCCCGAGGAGGGCAUGUGUGAGUUGUGGCGGAGGCUCCAGGCCCUCGGCGGCAGUCUGCCAUCUGACAUUAUUUUCUCGUCUAUCCCGCGAGUCCAGGUACCGGGAUACCGCUGGGCUCCCGCAACUGUCGUCCAGUACGCAAAACACGGCGAUCUCUAUGUUUCUCAUUCCAGUGCUUAUCCGGCGAAAAUCACCGACAAGGGUCUACACGUGAGGCUUCCUGGGGCGCGACUCACCAGGCCGGCUGCCACUGCUGGUACACUCGGCAGGUUAUUACCAAAGGUACUAGUGAACGACGGGAAACAAGCCAAUACGGGGGACGAAGCUAUGCCCCCUUCGGUAUUCAUGGCAAAGCUACAAACAGAUGAAGGUGGAUGGUUUGCUGUCAGAAUCCAUCACGUUGACAAUGAGACCCAAGAGUCCGGAUCUGUACAUGAAGGAGCACGCUCCAAUACAGAUCACAGACCAAGCCUUUUUCGACUUCUCAAGAGUAGGUCUGCAGCGCUGAUAUACCAAAACGCCAACAUCAGCGGGCCAGGCCUGCUCGUUUCCAUCGCCACGCCACCAUCAGAUCUGAGCUCUCUCGACAUCCUGAGUCUGAAUCCGGAGCCCUUGCAGACUACAAGCGAUUUCCCGGUGAAGAUAAUGCCACUGAGCGGCGGUGCCUGCGUCAUUGCCGAAGCAGCCAACACCUGCGUCGAAGAGCUGAAUCGGGCUGUGGUGGCUGAAUCGAGACAGCGGGGAGGCGAAAAUGCCGUUAACAAUGUCUGGGAGAAUACGGCUGUCAUUACCGAGCUUUUCAAGCAAACGGCCGAGAGAAUUGUGGAAGACUCCGGCACAACCCUGAAAGAAGCCUUGUAUUUCGAGGUGUUGUCCAGCAAAGCCUCUGCCACUUAUGAGGCCGCAAUUGAGCGCUUCAUGCAAUACGUGCGCCAGGUGGCGUCUUUUGGCGGCGGUAUAAGGUGUGAGGCUUAUCCAGAGGACCAAGACUGGUAUGUGGAUUGA